AUGCGCUUGCUGCGCUGCGAUACGCUAGCAUUCGAGACGUUCGAGGGCGACAACGUCCCACGAUAUGCAAUACUGUCACACACCUGGGGCGAUAAGGAAAUCUUGUUUGACAACGUAUGCCAGAGGACUUUAACAGGAUCCAACAAAGUCACUUCGGGCAGGGAUCAAGCUGUUGCCGAUGGGUUGAAAUACUUUUGGGUGGACACCUGCUGCAUAGACAAGUCCAACAGCGCAGAGUUGUCCGAGGCUAUCAAUUCGAUGUUUCUGUGGUAUAAGAACGCAGCCGUUUGUUAUAUCUAUCUUUCAGAUGUUUCGGUGGUGGAUCGAAUUGACCCUUUCGGAGUGUCGAGAAAAUUUGGGAGCAGUCGUUGGUGGAAGCGCGGAUGGACCCUACAGGAACUCAUAGCACCGUCAAACGCUAUCUUCUUUACGAAAGAGUGGGUGCCCAUUGGAACAAAGGAUUCGCUCAGAGGCCGUGUCCGUCGAAUAACCCAGAUCCCAGCAAGAGCUCUCAAAGGUGAGAACUUGAAUGCAUUCUCUGUGGCUCAGAAAAUGUCUUGGGCUUCGAAAAGGGAGACAACCAGAGUCGAAGACAUGUCAUACUCCCUGCUAGGUCUUUUCGGCGUCAACAUGCCACUCAUUUACGGUGAGCGGAAAAACGCAUUCCUUCGCCUUCAGGAAGAGAUCAUGAAGAGCACCGACGAUCAGUCCUUGUUCGCGUGGAUGGAAGAAGCGUCUCAUCCUGAAGGGUAUUCCGGUCUACUUGCCGGCUCCCCCCACAGUUUUGCAAACUCUGGCCGUAUAAAGUCCUUUGGAGCGUGGGCACAGAGCGAUGCUUUUGCUGUGACGAACAAAGGAUUAAGGGUAGAGCUAUUCCUUAUCCCAUUCGAUGAAGGGGAUAUCACAUACUAUGCCUCCCUAGAUUGCUGUUUUGACGGCGAGCGUGCCGACUUGAGUCCCGUGAUCCUUCUGAAAUGCGUGUCGGGCAGAGAAGGGAUUUGGACCAACACCCCGAAAACGCAAUUCGCCAGAAUCCGAAGCGCUCGUAUGGACAAACUGUCUGCCGAGGAAAAACGCCGGGGCAGAUAUAGAACCAUUUACGUGAGACAGAAUCCCGCUGCUGCUCUAGUAGGCCCAGCAAGUUCGGCGCCACCUGGUCGCUGCUUCCGCAUGAUCAGGCAUCAUCCAAAGAAUCUGCCCACCGACCCCGUCCGCGUCUUUCCUCUCGUCCACUGGAAUCUGCAGACUAAACUGUUUCAACCAUCCAUACAAGACGGGAAGUGCGGGGCUGCGCAAUUCGACCUGUCUGGAGAGAAAGUUACUGCGAUCUUUGGACUUCAUGACGCGGAUUCGCCGUGGGUGCAUAUCUUGCCGUCGAUCUCGAACCCGGAGAUCGAUAAGGAAUGGCUGGGGUAUAAGACGACUGGAAAGGAGACUGCUAAGUGCAGGGAAAGGUUCACUGUCAAUUUGAAGAGGAUUGCUCUCAAGGCAGAGGUCGUCGAGCGCUACAAAGCAAUCGAAAACCCACAACCACAACAUGAUCUGAAAAACGCUCGGCCCGACAUUCGCUUUCCUGCAAUCGUCCAAGUACCCGUAGAGGUUGCGGAAAAAGGCUUCGUCCCGCUCCCGCUCCAUCGGAUCCAGACCCGUGGACAGUACGAGCGGCUCGGUGGAAGAGGGGUUGGAGAAGGUGUGGUAGACGCCCGGCUCGACGGUGGCGGUGCUGCCGGCUGCGAAGUCGACGGUGCGGCCGUCGAGAUUGGCGCGGAAGGUGCCGCUGUGGAUGUGGAAGGUCUCGGUUUGGUAGCGGUGCCAGUGGUAGGGGGCGCGUGGAUUGUUGGGCCCGCGCGCACUGUGGUUGUGCUGCAGACUUUGGAGUUGGAGGAGGCGGAGGCGGAGGCGGGGUGGAAGUCGAUUUUUGUGGCGCCGUUCUCGGUGGUGAUGGUGGAGAGGUGGGAUUGGCGGGUACGUGGGGGUGGGGAGGUGAGGAAGGAGAGCAUGGUUGUUGGUUGGACUUAUGAUCUUGGGUGUGAAGUGGAUUCGAGUAUUGGUUUAAGUAUUGGCGAUGACGGCGUUGAGACGUCUGAGUCAGAUCCGGUUGAUUUGGGAGCAAGGCGGGGUGAUGCUGGGUGGUAG